AUUUCCAACUUUUCACAAUUGUUAACACUUUCCUCUUUUUCUCAAAAGGAAUAGGAGCAUCAAAUUCUUGAAGCUUUUAAUCACUAUAUUUUUUUUUUGUAACAAGUGUUGAAUAAUUGAUUUUGCAUAGGUUGAUACUAUUUUUAUUUUUGUGAUCACUUAAGGAAGAUGGAAAAAAAUGUGGAAUAUGGAAAUGAUCUCAAUUUCAAUGAAACAGAACUUAGAUUGGGGUUACCAGGAACAGAGGAAAAGAAGGAGAAAACCAAAACAAUGCAAGGUAGUAUUAAAAAUAAUAAAAGACAAUUACCUCAAACUUCUGAAGAAUCUGUUUCAAUUUCUAAGGCUUCAACUGAUCAACAUGUGGAGAGUGCUGCAGCCCCUCCUUCCAAGGCAAAGAUAGUUGGAUGGCCACCAAUAAGAUCUUACAGAAAAAAUAGUUUGCAAGAGGCUGAAGUUGGUGGGAUCUUUGUUAAAGUGAGCAUGGAUGGAGCUCCUUAUCUUAGAAAGAUUGAUUUAAGGGUUUAUGGGGAUUACCAAGAACUCCUCAAAGCUCUAGAAACCAUGUUCAAGUUGACCAUAGGUGAGUAUUCUGAAAGAGAGGGUUAUAAGGGGUCUGAAUAUGCACCAACCUAUGAAGACAAGGAUGGUGAUUGGAUGCUAGUGGGAGAUGUUCCAUGGGACAUGUUUGUGACUUCUUGCAAAAGGCUAAGAAUCAUGAAAGGCACAGAAGCUAGAGGUUUGGGUUGUGGUGUAUGAGAAACAAUUGAAUUAUAGUAUUACUAUGACUAUGAUUCUUAUGAGUGAGGACUAUAUACAAAGAAAAAGAAUUUUGGUUUUGAGGAAAAUCAAUCUUUGAGUUGUUGCAAUGGAUUUUGAAUCAAGGUAUCCUACCAUACCAUACCAUCAUGCCAAUCAAGAUUUGGAAGGGAGAUGGAAGAUUCUUUCUAAAUGAAGUUUGUCAAAUUUCUUGUUAUUUUAGCAUCUUGAUGGGAUGAUGCUAUUGUUUGUUUCUAAUGAACAUUUUUAAUAACAUUCUCGUAGAAAUUUUUCUUCAAACAAAUUUGUAUAAUAAUACAGAAGAAUUAGAAUUAGAAGGAUUAAUUUGGUUU